AUGCAAGGCGCGAUCCCUCCCGCGGUCGCGGAGGCUCUCAGCGACAACUUCGGGGCCUCGCACGAGUGCUUCGCGAGCCCGUUGAAUCACCACUAUCAGGACUACUUCAGCGCGUUUCCAGACACCGAUCGCUGGUUCGGCUCGCACGGCAGCUUCUUCGAGUCGUACCCGAAAGAGGGGUCGUUCGAGUGCAACCCGCCUUUCGCGGGUUUGACCGCGCAGCAGAUCGGGAACCACAUCGACCGCCUCCUUCGAUCGACGGAUCGCCCGCUGUCGUUCACCGUUUUCGUCCCGAAGCAGACGUAA